AUGACUCUAUUCAUGGACCCAGACUUCUCUGUACUCAAACAGAACCAGCAGAGAGACGUGAUGGACUUUAAGAACAUGUUUGGAGAACAGGAGCAGAGUAAAGGUGAGCUGGGUUUUAUUUUGACGGUUUCACUUCCCUUCGUGUUUCCCGCCACAGACUCCCGCGCUGAGGGCUCGGUGUCCUCCCCGGAGCCGGACCGGGUUCCCGGCGGGUCCAUGGAGGGCCAGAGGAAAAGGAAGAGGACCAUCUUCAGCCGGGCCCAGCUGUCCGAGCUGGAGCAGGCCUUCGCUGUGACUCCUUACCCGGACAUCACGCUGAGGGAGAGGCUGGCUGCUCACACACACCUGCCCGAGAGCAAGAUCCAGGUUUGGUUUCAAAACAGAAGAGCCAGAAGCAUCAAGACCGGGAGACUCCCCAAGUCCACCAAACCAGUUCUAACAGGUCGAGCAGUUGUGGAUCCGUCUUCUGGUCCCGUCAGCUCUGCCUUCUUUACCUCCUCCUCCCUGGCGGAGAUCUUCAGACCUGAGCAGACCCACACCUGUGAGGAAGUCCCUCAGAUGUAUUCAGACUGGAUCCAAAUCUACAGCAACCCUGUUUCAUCCCCUCCACCCUCCUCCUCCUCCCUCCACCAGCAGCCACUAUCCGGCUCCACCAAACCUCCAGAAUCCCGUCUCUGGGAGGAGGACCACCUCCACCACCACCAUCAGACACUGGGUCCAGCUCUCCCAGGUUUCCUCCCCGGUUCUUUCCCUCAGUCCGUCAGCAGGCAGCACCCCCACCCCGCCUCCACCCGCGCCUCCUACCAGGCCUUCAGGAACUUCAAGCCCCAGACUGUGGCUCCGUCUGGGGCUCAUCAGGCUGUGUACGGGGGCGGAGCUGGAGGUGGAGGUCACACGUCUGUAGACCAGGUGGUCCCGUCUCACCCUCAGCAGGUGUACUGGGAGGUCACUCAAGGACAGGGACACCACCACCCACACCCACACCACCACCACCACCACCCUCAAAUGGGACCACAGACCUCCAUGGGCUACAUUUCAGAUCUGAUCUACAACGCUGCCAUCGUCACCAACUUCCUGGAGUUCUGAUGAGUCUGAGCGGAGCUGGAACUCUGUAAACGUUUAUUUAAACCAGGACUGAAGAAGAGGUUUUACUUUGUCCCUCCAACCUUUGUGUCUCAAUGUGUCGUGUUCCUCAAACCUCUUCCUACCGAAGAGUUGUUCCCUGUCGGUGUUCGUCGUGUCAUUUUUCUGCUCUGUUUCUCUGAUCAUUAAAAUAAUUCUUUGGUUCAUUCAA